UCCAUCGUCGAAUACCUCUCCUCUCCCUACUGUCUGCUGUAUUAUUAUUAACUUCUUGACGUCGCCAUCUAGCAUAUCGCGCCUCAGACUUGGCACCUUUUCAAGGCCUGGUCGAACGCCCUUCCUCCCUUCUUCCCCAGAGACCCCCGCAUCCCGAUCGAAAGUUCACCAGCGCGAUCAUGCCAGGAUCCUGACAGCCGCGAUACAGCAUCAUUCACGAUUGGGACGUCUUCAAAGUGGUGGACUCAUGGCUUACGGCUUCAUUGAAGCCACAAUCCAGAGCUUGUGACCAUGGCAGAUGCGACCCACGUCCAACGCCGCCAGAUAUGGGCUCGUCCUACGCAUACGAGUUCGACCUCGAUCCAGCCGAGCUGUACGCCUCUUCUACUGCCCAGUAAUGGAAUCAUACAUCUGAACCGUACCUACCAAGUCACAUUAACCGAAAAUGUCGUCUUUCAACCGAUAUGCACAGGAGACUCGUCGGCAAAUGAGCUGGGUAAUCCGACUGCUGUGAUCGACCUUCGGGAUCCUUUCUACUCGUCUACUUCUCCUCAGCUAUACGCGAUCGGAUGCGCGACCGUUGUUAGCUACCUUCUCGUCAUCAUUCUUUUCAUUACGCCGCGGACCUUCUUUGUCGGAGGGCCUGGAGGUGGUGCCAACUUCUUGGGCCGCCAUGGAAUGACAUACAGCUCAGGUUCCUCUGUUAUCGGUAUCGGCGGUCGCCCGUGGUUGCAGAAAGUGGCAGCAUUGACCGUCGCCAUCUCGUUGACUAUCGCAACAGCGGAUUCCUUCGCGGUCGCCGAACAGCAGUACGACUACGGUUAUAUGGAUGCGCAGAGUCUGACAGAUGAAGUCAUCGAUGGGUUGGAGAUCCGCAUUGUCCGGGUCAUCUCGAGUACCUUUCUCUGGCUGGCCCAGGUCCAGACUCUGAUCCGACUGUUUCCGCGACACAAAGAGAAGGUUAUAAUCAAAUGGGCCGGAUUUGCGUUGAUUGUGCUGGAUACGAUAUUCAGUAUCCUGAACAACUUUGUCGACAAGGGCGGCACCACGCGGCCGAGACUGUUUGACGACGCGAUUCCUGCUCUCACCUAUUUAUUCGAACUUGCGCUGAAUCUGCUCUAUGCGGCGUGGGUCAUCUUUUAUUCUAUAACAAAACAUCGAUUCGCAUUUUUUCAUCCGAAGAUGCGAAACAUAUGCCUGGUGGCAUUACUAUCAUUAUGUGCGGUUUUCAUCCCUGUUGUUUUCUUUGUUCUCGACAUCUCGAAGCCGGACGUGGCCGGUUGGGGUGAGUAUAUGCGCUGGGUCGGAGCAGCAGCAGCAAGCGUGGUCGUUUGGGAGUGGGUGGAAAGGAUAGAAGCAUUGGAACGAGAUGAACGGAAGGACGGAAUCCUGGGGCGGGAGAUCUUUGAUGGAGAUGAGAUGCUCGAGGUGACACCUUCUGAGGAGGUCGAUUGGCCUCGCAAAUCGGAACCUGGGCCACACGAUGGCAGGGCGACUGGAGCAUCGUCUGGUUGGGGUGUUGUAAGAGGUCCGCGCCAUCGUCCACUGCGGACUCGCGUUCGUCUUCCGCGCGGUCAGCGUGGCCAUGUCGACGAUCCUAACCAGCAGAAUCCCGCUUCUGUGGGAGUCGGACGUGCUGGAGGCACUCAUCCUAGCCCGCCCCCAGCAGUUCUGACGCCGGUCAGUCGCGCUGACACCACGAGUGCUGCGAGUACGGUGUAUUAUGUCCGAUAUCAUCCUGUUUCCAGUCCGUCGCCAGUUGCUACCAAUGCCGCAGCGGCUCCUGGAGAAGAGGAUGGACCCAGGAUGGAAACGAUUGUGGAGGCUCAACAGCAAGGCCCUUACAUGAGCCAGCCUGCACGCAAUAGUUCGACUGCUCGACCGACAACUACUCUUCCGCCGUCAGAUCCACGAUGGUACUCCUUGUUCAACAAUUUCAAGAGACGCCGUGCCUCUCCUCCGACGGAAGUUGUUACGGCCCAAGCGGAGGAGCAAGGCGGUGUUGGUAGCAACGGUGUCCAGAACCCGGAGCAGUCAGGAGGAAGGAAUGGCAGACGGGGUCUGAUACCUCGCGUUGAUAAUCUCUUCUAUCGGCUUAGAGACAGGAGUGGGCUGGACGGCCCUGGCCUUGACAACCGGCUGCCGGUCACUGUCAUUCCCCCACGAGAUCGAGGUCAACAGACGUGGUCUCCGAAAGGCUUUGACGACUCCAGCGUCCAUGCGGAGUCCGAUGAUUCCGACAGUGACCAACCAUCAGGUCGUCGUAACCUGCCUGUAAUGGUCAUUCCGUCGCGAACUCGAACUCACUCUGCUGCCCCUUGGCCUCGAGCUGCAACCGGAGAGACUGGCUAUGCUGACCAGGAGCUCCGUUACGACCCGGAGACAGCGGCAUUGGUUGGUGUCGAACCUGACCAUGUCCGCCGCGAUCCAGAUUCGCAAGGAGAUGCGAUCUCUCGCACGACCUCUGAGCAUGACACGACGUUUGGAUCCGACGAACGGACUGUUGUCGCAGGUACCGGCAGCCGCAGUGAGUCACGCGCCUCAGGAAGCACGACAUCUUCGGAUACAUCCUAUUUUGUGCAGGGUCCAACAGAGCACGCUGCGCAACGACCUAUUGAGGCGUCCGCUGAUAAUAGCUCGGCGGCGAUCUCGACGCAGGCGCCACCGCUGCAUGAUCCUGCUGCUAGACAGCAGGAUACGGACCUAGAGGCUGGGCUGGGCCCUAGCCCUGGACGUCUGGCAUGAAAUGUUAUAUGGCUUCGUCAUCUCUCUCUUCUUCGCGACAUUCAACCACUAUAUUCCCUAUUUAGCAAGGAGUCCCGGUGGUAUUUUCUUUUUCUUUCUUUUCUUUCUUUCUUUAUAUAUUCUAUUUUAUUAUAUUUGAUUUUGCUUUUUGGGAUGUAGAUAACCAUUCAGGCUUCUAAAAACAUGGGAUGGCAGCUGGUGGGAUGGAGGCAUGUAUCUAUACAUACACAGGCGUAUAUGGCAAGGCCGGCGGAGGCAGAAAUGGGCGGGAUUUAUACCCUGCAUAGAUCAAUUCACAACUUCAGUG